UCACGACUGCCUAUAACUUCUGCUAUAUUAUUUUUAUUUUUGCACAGAGAGGAGUGCUGAAAGGCAAACCAGUGCGGCUCAGUUGUCCAGACAUCCGUGUGUGUGUGAAGAGAGAGAGAGAGAGAGCACCUGCGAACGGCAGCGAAGCGCAACACUCGUUUUUCUAGUAACACAUUUUGUUUAUUCAGUGGGUUUAAUGCAUAGAUGCAGACGCUUUGUAGCUGGUGUGAAUUUGCGCAUUUGGUUUUUCUCCGUUACAAUGUCCUAUACUAAUUAAGUUAGUCAGGCUUAGUUUUGUUUGGCUCGACUUUAAAGAUACGAUGAAGUUUAACGGUUAUCUGAAGUUGCGCAUCGGCGAGGCGGUGGACCUGAAGCCCACGACCACCUCGAUGCGCCUCGCCGUGAUGUUCAACAAGGCGAGCCAGACUCUGGACCCGUACAUCGUAGUGAAAGUGGACGAGUAUAAGAUCGGACAGACAAACACUAAGCAGAAAACUAACAUGCCCACUUAUAACGAGGAGUUCUCCGUUAAUGUGAACGACGGAAAGCUCGUAGAGUUAGCUGUUUUUCAUGACGCACCGAUCGGGUACGACGACUUCGUGGCCAACUGCACCAUCCAGUUUGAUGAUCUGAUGAAAAGUACAAACACAGAGGAGUCCUUUGAAGGAUGGGUUGACCUUGAACCUGAGGGUAAGGUUUACAUCCUCGUUACUCUCACAGGUUCAUUUACAGAUGAUGAUUCUGCUGGAAGCACACGCCCCUAUAAGGAAUUCAAUCGAAAGCGGCAGCAGGCAGUACGAAGGAAAAUCCACCAAGUCAAUGGACACAAGUUCAUGUCGACUUUCCUAAAACAGCCGACGUUCUGUUUCCAUUGCAAAGAGUUCAUAUGGGGUGUAUUUGGGAAACAAGGAUACCAAUGUCAAGUGUGCACCUGUGUGGUACACAAGCGAUGUCAUCAGUUUGUGGUUACAGUGUGUCCACGCAUGAAGAAACCGGCAAAGGAACAGACUACAAAUCAGGGUUUCAGCAUAAACAUUCCACAUAAGUUCAACAUCCACAAUUAUAAGGUUCCUACCUUCUGUGACCACUGUGGCUCUUUGCUGUGGGGCCUCGUACGGCAGGGACUACACUGCAAAAGUACACUUCUCUCGUUCUGUCUCCCCUUCCACCCAUCCUUCUUAUUGAUAGUGUUUUGUGAUGCUCAUUUUGUGUGUUGUGGUUUUAUGCUUGUAGUUUGUAAGAUGAAUGUCCAUAUACGCUGUAAGGGAAAUGUUGCACCGAACUGUGGAGUCAACAACGUAGAACUGGCCAAUAAACUGGCAGAAAUGGGCCUCGAACCAGGAGGAAUGGCCAAACGCAACUCACUGUGUCCUGCAGGUCUGGACUUUCAUUCCCGAACAUUGAGUGUGAGAGGAGAUCAAGGUGAAUCUAAACAAGAGCAGAGUCGAAUGCUGGGAAUCUCUAACUUCACACUCCUGCAGGUGUUGGGGAAAGGCAGUUUCGGCAAGGUGAUGCUGGUCCGGUUAAACUGUUCUGAUCGGGUGUUUGCAGUGAAGGUAUUGAAGAAAGACAUCAUUCUUCAGGAUGAUGAUGUGGAGUGCACUAUGACAGAAAAACGAGUGUUAUCCCUUGCAUCUUCUCAUCCUUACCUCACUCAGCUCUACUGCUGCUUCCAGACACCGGAGCGUCUGUUUUUUGUGAUGGAGUUUGUGAAUGGAGGUGAUCUGAUGUUUCAUAUUCAGAAGUCCAGGAAGUUUGAGGAAAACAGAGCAAGAUUUUACACUGCAGAAAUUUCAUCUGCGCUAAUAUUCCUCCACAGCAAGGGAAUUGUCUACAGGGAUCUGAAGUUGGAUAACGUUCUGCUGGAUAAGGAUGGUCAUUGUAAACUGGCUGACUUUGGCAUGUGUAAGGAGGGAAUGUUUGAGGGUGUUGUCACGGGAACCUUCUGUGGAACCCCAGAUUACAUUGCUCCUGAGAUCCUUCAGGAGAUGCUGUAUGGGCCUUCGGUUGAUUGGUGGGCUCUCGGUGUGCUUCUGUAUGAGAUGCUAUCUGGCCACGCCCCCUUUGAGGCAGAAAAUGAGGAUGACCUUUUUGAGUCCAUCUUGAACGAAGAGAUCAUCUACGCAUCCUGGCUCAGCAUCAAUGCUAUUGACAUUCUCAAAGCGUUUCUGAUGAAGAAUCCAUCUCGGCGUCUGGGUUGUGUGGCUGCAGAUGGCGGAGAGAGUGCUAUUACUUGUCACCCAUUUUUCACUGGCAUUGACUGGGACAAACUUAACCGUCGGGAGCUGGAUCCACCUUUCAAGCCCAGAAUUAAAACUGCAGAAGAUGUGAAUAACUUUGAUCCAGACUUCACCCAAGAGGAUCCCACUCUUACGCCCAUUGAUGACUGCCUCAUCCCCUCCAUCAGUCAGGACGAGUUCCGUGACUUCUCUUUCACCUCUACUGAACUUUUGAAAGUGGUUUCUGAGACAGAGGGUAGAGGUGAAGAAACUUGCAAUAUCAUGGAACCAAACGAAUUGUGAUUGGAAACAUUUGGAUGUUCUAAAAGAACAUGUAGGCACUGGCAAUAGACUUGAAGUCCCCUUCAGUGGUCUUGUCAGAGAAAACUAUAUUUUUUCACCUAGCUUUUUGGUCUGUGCCUAAACUGUAAGACUGUUAAGGCCAAUGGUACUGCUUUAACAUGACAGUGUAAUUGUAGGUUAAUUUAUCUUUGGAUCAGGAGCAUCAUGAAGGAUGCAGUGAGAUCUCCAUGGAAGACUUUACAUGCACUCUACCCCAGAAUACACCAGUUUACAAUUAUGUCCUUAAACAGUAGUGCUUUGUACAGCAGCAUUGGAGAGCUGAUCAUAAACGGCUCUGUUCUAAAUCUCACUGAUCUUGUUGGUUUGCCCCAAAUGUUCAUUUUCAAAGGUUUAGAAGACUUGAUUUGAUCUCUCUGCACUUGUUGUGUUUAACACAGCCAAAGUUGGAGCAACAGUGUCACUUUUUCAAUUAGCAUUGUUCUGCUGUCCUUGAACAUGGAAAAUUAAGAAUGUAUGAACGGAAACUCUAGUUAUGUUUAAUUAUGUACACAUAUUUGUGUUACUCUGGGACAUUUAUUGUUUUGUCUCUGUUUGUUUGGUAUUAUAUUUCAGGCCAUAAUUUCAUUCAUGAUUUUGCCCCAAGUAUCUGUAGAUGUUUUAUUGUUGAUUAAGGUUGCAGUAUUUGCAGACUCUGCAUUAAGACCUUCUGUGACUGUGCCUUCAUUAAAAGCCCUCUCUCCUGAGCUGAGGGGUUAAAGGCUAAUACGCUCAG